AUGGGUCUCACCUUUUCUAAGCUUUUCGACAAGUUGUGGGGGAAGAAGGAGAUGAGAAUUCUGAUGGUUGGUCUCGAUGCCGCCGGUAAAACCACCAUUCUGUACAAGCUUAAGCUUGGCGAAAUCGUCACCACCAUUCCUACCAUUGGUUUCAACGUCGAGACUGUCGAGUACAAGAACAUCCAGUUUACCGUGUGGGACGUCGGUGGCCAGGACAAGAUUCGUCCUCUAUGGAGACAUUACUUCCAGAACACUCAGGGUAUUAUCUUCGUCGUCGACAGCAACGAUCGUGACCGUGUUGUCGAGGCCCGUGAGGAACUCCAGCGCAUGCUCAACGAGGAUGAGCUGCGAGACGCCAUCCUGCUGGUCUUUGCCAACAAGCAGGAUCUUCCUAAUGCCAUGAAUGCUGCCGAGAUCACUGACAAACUCGGCCUCCACAGCCUGAGGCAACGCGCCUGGUAUAUCCAGUCCACUUGUGCCACGUCUGGUGACGGUCUGUACGAGGGUCUUGAGUGGCUCGCCACCACCCUCCGUAAGGCCGGCCACCAGUAG